GUCCACGGCGCACUGAUAAAGGAGAGGUCCGGUGCGAGCAUCCGACCCAGCACAGAGUCAAAACUGCAGCGCAUCUGCCAACCUUUUACUCCAGCUGUGAUACGGAUUUCUGCCUCUGAAUUGAGCAAAAAAAAACAAAACAAGGAUAAGUGUCUGGGGAAGCGACUGAAUAGGCGAAAAAAGAAGCCGACACUUGUUGCUCGUGUUGUCAGGUAAAGCUUCUGUUUGCAGUCAGGACAGCUCAGCGCAGAAUUUGGUGCGCACAUGGAACAGAAAAGGCGCUCCUCCUCACACUCCUGACAGUUGCGCUUACUAUGAAGCCACACUGGAUAACAAGGCCUACCUACCUGCUGCUGACCCACGCCACAUCAAACCUUAUCUGCUAAAGUAGGGAAUUUCACUUGAAACCUGAGAUUUUUUGGGAGUGAAAACUUAAUAAAAGCGCAGAGCCAUGCUGGGUCUAAACAGGAUUCUGAGCCCACGGCCAGCCCGGAUUCGGAGCUGUGGUUCGCCGGGAGCAAGACCGUCAUCCCGGUCUUCUUCAUGCCAGAACCCCGGUGCCAGCUCGAGGAUUUACUGUGUGUGUGUGCUGCUGCUGCUGCUGGUGACGCCCCGGGUGGACUCCUCAUGGUGGUACAUUGGUGCACUUGGGGCCCGUGUGAUCUGCGAUAACAUCCCUGGCUUGGUUAAUAAACAACGGCAACUCUGCCAGCGCCACCCUGACAUCAUGCAGGCCAUUGGCGAGGGCACUAAGGAGUGGAUCCGAGAGUGCCAGCACCAGUUCAGGCACCAUCGCUGGAACUGCAGCACGCUUGACCGUGACCACACUGUGUUUGGGCGUGUCUUGUUGCGGAGCAGUCGUGAAGCAGCAUUUGUCUACGCCAUCUCUUCAGCUGGUGUAGUGUAUGCGCUCACCCGUGCUUGCAGCCAGGGAGAGCUGAAGACAUGUAACUGUGACCCGCAGAAGCGUGGACGAGCGAGUGACGAGAGAGGAGAGUUCGACUGGGGUGGCUGUAGUGAUAAUAUAAACUAUGGGAUAAAGUUUGCCAAAGCCUUCAUAGAUGCCAAAGAGAGGACAGUCAGAGAUGCACGUGCGCUGAUGAACCUACACAACAACCGCUGUGGCAGAACAGCAGUGAAGCGGUUCAUGAAGCUGGAGUGUAAAUGUCAUGGGGUCAGCGGCUCUUGUACGCUUCGGACGUGUUGGAUGGCCAUGUCAGACUUCAGGAAGACUGGCGACUACCUGAGGAGGAAAUACAAUGGCGCCAUCGAGGUGACGAUGAAUCAGGAUGGGACAGGCUUCGCAGUAGCAAACAAAGCCUUCAGGAAGGCCACCAAGAAUGACCUGGUCUACUUUGAGAACUCCCCGGAUUACUGCCUACAAGACAAAUCAGCAGGCUCCCUGGGCACUGCAGGACGGGUCUGUAAUAAGACAUCACGUGGAACAGAUGGCUGUGAGGUCAUGUGCUGUGGGCGGGGCUACGACACCACCAGAGUCAAGCAGAUCACCAAGUGCGAGUGCAAGUUCAAGUGGUGCUGCGCAGUGGAGUGUAAGGACUGUGAGGAAGCUGUGGACAUACACACAUGUAAAGCCCCCAAACGAGCAGAAUGGUUGGACCAGACAUGAGGACAUGACCCACUCCACCCUAUGUGAUUCAGCCCCACCCCUUACCCCUUUACAGGACAUACUGUGGAACACGGCAUUCUGGGAAAAAAAGUUUGUCCGAAAGUGCUCUGCAUCUUCGCCCGCCCCUGCCCCCACCUCGGUUCAUCAUUGCAUGGCUUCUCUACCUGUUUCUGUGAAAGCACUACAACUUGGUACCCAUCAAUAUGAAGUAAUACCAUUAGCCUCUUUUUGUGAAUGACCCUCUAACUGUACCACUGGGAUCAGACGAAGAAAGGUGAACACUUGGAGGGAGUGGAUCGGGUCUGAAUGAGAGUCUCGAUCUAGAAGGCCCCUUUUUUAGCAAAUGGUACUGGGUCACAAAUAGUUUGCUGCUUUCAUGAUGCUAUAAAGACACAUUUUUACAUGAACUGAGCCUCUAAACGUAUCCAGUAUUAUAACAUCUUCAUCAUAUAGUCACAUAUUGUUUUUUUCCUUUUUUCGGGGGAGACACUUUCAUUUACCAAAAAGGAAAUCUUGGUUGGACUAGCUUAACAAGUGCACUUUGAGAAGUGGACACCUAUGUGUAAAGUUUCGCUCUAUGUGGCCAAACGAGUCCAGAAAGAGAACUGUGAAAGGACAAGGAGAUGAUGGACAUUAGAUGAAUUAAUGAAUGGUCAACGGAACUUUGAAUGCAACUGUAAAAAGUAGAAAAAGUUGUUUAAGUGAUUUAUUUAAAUUGCUAAGUGUUGUUUAACUUCUCAUCUGCGGAUGAGACUGCACUACAUUGGCUGAUAUGAAGAGAGAGAAGAGCAAUCCCACUAUUAUAUUCAACAGUGUACUCAAGCUUUCGGUGUGUAAGAAUACAAACUGCUGCUGAAAAAGAAGAAGAAAGGAACGAAGGCCUGGACGGUCAUUCAGUCACACAUAACCACAAUAUCAGACAGAUUUUACUUCUCUGCUCUCCAGCUUGCUUGUAUAACAUUGUGUAUAUUGCCUUAUCUAAACAGAUGUUCAUAUGAAAUAUAUGGUGCAUUAGUAUGA